AUGGCGGCAGAUAACGAAACUCCUGCCGCGAGCGGCACCAAUGACUCUCGUCCCUCGGGCGACGCUAAUGCCUCUCAAAACAACAACUCUGGCAAUCGUCGCAACCCGCGCCAUGACCAUCGAAAGCCUGGCAAGGGACGAACUGAGAAAGGACGCGGAGAAUGGGGUCGAGAGAAGGGCGAUAAGCGCAAGAAGAAUGAUGAGUUCAAGGAGUUCAAGCGUCGCAAACUGAACAAGCAGGGCGAGUCUGCAGAUGCUGAUUCAAGCAACAACCCCUUCUCCAAGGACGAGAUUGCUGCCGAGGAGCGACGACCCAAGCGAAAGGUUGCUGUCAUGAUUGGGUAUGCGGGCACUGGCUACAAGGGGAUGCAAGUCAAUGGCAACGAAAAGACCAUCGAGGCCGAUCUGUUCAAGGCGUUUGUCGCCGCGGGUGCCAUUUCUAAGGCCAAUGCCGACGAUCCCAAGAAAUCAAGUCUCGUUCGAUGCGCCCGAACUGACAAGGGUGUGCACGCAGCCGGAAACGUCAUCAGUUUGAAGCUCAUCAUCGAGGACGAGGAUAUUGUCGAGAAGAUCAACGCGGAGCUGCCCGAGCAGAUUCGAAUCUGGGGCAUCCAGCGAACAAACAACGCCUUCAGCUGCUACCAGACCUGCGACUCAAGAUGGUACGAGUAUCUUAUGCCCAGCUACUGUCUUCUGCCUCCCCAUCCCGAGGCCUUCUUAGGACGAAAGUUGGUUGAGCUGGCUAAGGAGCAUGGUGUCGAGGAUGAGCUAGCAGCCAGGAUGGCGGAUGUCAAGGAUUUCUGGACCGAGGUGGAAGAGAAGGAGAUCAAGCCUAUACUGGCCCGCCUAGACCCUGAGACCAAGGCUAUUGUGCUGGAGCGAGUGCACGUUGUGGACGACGAAGAGACUGCUGCACGGAAACAAGCUGAUAAACAGACCGAGGAGAGCGCGCCAACAGAGGAGAUGCCUGACGCUGAACCAACCGCUGGAGAGGCUACUGAGCAGCCUGCGGACUCUGAGGCCCAGCAACCUGGCCUUACUCUGGAGAGCCAUAAGCCGAAGAACCGUGAGCUUGGCCCAGUUGAUUUCGCCCUCCGCGAUAUCAAGGCUGCUUAUGUUGCCGCCAAGCGACGAUACCGUGUCAGCACCGAGCGUCUGAACCGCCUUCAGGAAGCUCUCGACAAGUACAACGGCACAAGGAACUUCCACAAUUACACUGUUCAAAAAUCAUUCUUUGAUCCUUCAGCCAAGCGACACAUCAAGUCAUUCAUCGUCAACCCUAAGCCGAUUAUCAUCGGCGACACAGAGUGGCUGUCUCUCAAGGUUCAUGGACAGAGUUUCAUGAUGCAUCAGAUUCGAAAAAUGGUCGGUCUUGCCAGUUUGAUUGUUCGAUGCGGUACACCCAUGGUGCGCAUGGACGAAAGCUACCGCAACCAGAAGAUGGCUAUUCCCAAAGCCCCUGGUCUUGGCCUGCUGCUCGAGCGCCCAGUUUUCCACAACUACAACCGAAAGGCGACAGAGUCACUAGGAAAGGAGGCAAUUGAUUUUGGAAACUACGAGGAGGAGAUUCAGGCCUUCAAAGAUAAGCAGAUUUACUCUCGCAUCUUUAGCGUGGAGGAGAAGGAUAACUCGUUCCACAUGUUCUUCAACCAGAUUGACCAGUUCAAGACAAAUCACUUCUUGUGGCUCACGGCUGGCGGUAUGAAGGCUGCCGAGAUCGCAAGGGACACCACAGGUGAAAAGGUGCAACAGGAUGUUGACAAGCAGCUCGGUGAUGAGGACGAGGAAGACCCCGAGGGCGGUGAGGGUUAA